AUGAGAACCAAAGAGUCCGCUCGAUAUCGUGGCCUGCCGGAACCUCGCCAUUCCACCGUCGCUUGUCCUCUCCUCGUGCCGCCAUCGCCGCCUCAUGGAUCCGUCUCUGUCAAGUGUCGCCGUGCUCCCGAUCUGUCUCCGCCGCCCGAGAAACGAGCUCGAACUCGAGGACAGCUCAAAGCUCUCGCCGAAGAGACAAAUCGCCGUCACGCCGCCAUGCCAAGUGUCUCCGCAAAAUCCAUCGAUCUCACCUGUGCAGAAUCAGUACCGGAGUCCGACGAAGAAGACGACUCAUCUUCCUCUGAGCCUCAAGUUCCGAUGGCAGUGAGGAGUAAAUCGCCACCAUCUGCAACCACGCCGCCAGAGUCUUCAUCCUCACCGUCGGAGUCAAAUUCGCUGCCGUCUGCACCAUCUCCGACCGAAUCGUCACAUUCCGAGCAAGAGUCAUCGUCAUAUGAACCGUCACCACCCGAGCACGUGCCAUCUCCUCCAGUCAGCCUGUACAACUCGGAUUCUGCUUCCGAUUCGUCUUCAACACAGUGGAAUUGGGAGUUUCCAUAUGCUGCGACCCUUGAUGUCUCCUUGAGGCGCUUCAUCAAAGGCAAGAACAAGCUUCCUUACGAUCCUCUUGAUCCGCGAAGCAAGUACCGGUAUGAGCUGUCACGUGUUGAGGCUGCUAAUCCGUCACAGUCAGAGCCAUCAUCACCUCCUUUCUCUGAGCAGUUUCUCAAUUCCGACAGUGAAGCUCGCUAUGUGAAGUAUCGGAAGCGAACCAUUCAUCCUGAGAGGAGACAACAUCCAGUUCCAGGGCAUGUGUAUGGAGUCAAUCUGGUAGCUGAUCUCAGGAAGCAGGCUCAAGUCCUUCUUGACAUUGCUGAUCGGAUUGAAGCUCAAGCUGCUGUAGYCGGUGGAUCAGAACRAGGAGCUGAUGCYGAGGCUGAGGGGGAGACUGAUGGUGGAAACGAAGCUGARGAGUCUAGGAGUCAGUCGUUCUGA